AUGGCCAAGCACCACCGGAUACCGACGCUGGCGGAGAACGUCAACCGCUCGCCGCGGCUCAGCUACCUGUCGUCCCAUUCCCAAUCGGCCUCAUUCAUGAGCGAAACGGGCGAAAUCACCGAGCUGAUGGCGCUCGAUGAGGCGGAAACGCUACUCGCCGACCGGGCGGCCGGAUCCACGGUGCCGGUCAUCAGCAGCGGGAGCGGUGGCGGGCUCUGCGGUAGCUACGGGAGCUAUGCAGGCGGACCCCUCGCGGGUCAGCUCACUCCCGGGGGCCGGCUGCUACCGGGAGGCGUCGGAACCGCCGGCAUGGCCGGGUUGGCCGGUCUGAACGGUGGCGGGCUGAGUCCGGGUGGUAUCGGCAGCUACGGGGAUGGCAGCGAGCGGUUCGAGGAGCUCGGGAUCAGCUUUAACGAGCAGCUGUUCGGGGCCGGUGCCGGCCGGUUGGCGAUGGCCGGCUCGCCCGCGGUCACGAUCGUGGAGAUGGCCGGUGGACGGUUGGCUCAGCGGCAGAAGAACUUUAAGCGGAAAUCGACGGCCACGGCAGCCAUCGUGACGUCCGGCGAGCAAACGUCACUGAACGCCAUCGGCCUACAGCUGUCGGUGGACCGCGGUGGACCGCAGGAGUGGGGCGAGGCGACCCGGAGCUACGUGAAGGCCCAGCGACGCCACGCCGGACGGGCGACCUUCCAGGGCCAGGUGUACAACUUUCUCGAGCGCCCCGCCGGCUACAAGUGCUUUGUUUACCAUAUGUCUGUGUAA